AUGACGUUUCUUCGAUACCUCACAUUUUUCCUUUCUGCGCAUGAUACAUUCGCUCCUCCAGCACAGGAAGUGCUAGUACCUAAGGUACCAGCAAGAAACAAAUAUUUCGACAUUCAGGCGCACCGCGGUGGUCGAGGAAAUACAGUAGAAAAUACUCUCCCCAGCUUUGCGUGGGGACUAAUUCAUGGCUCUACAACACUUGAGCUUGACAACGGGAUCACGAAAGAUGGAACAGUCGCAGUCUGGCACGAUGAAGAGAUAAUUGCAGGAAAAUGUCAGGAUACAGUACCUGCGUUUCCGGGUGAUCCCGAUUUCCCAUACGUGGGGAAAUAUAUUGCGAAUCUUACGCUUGCCCAACUCAAAACGUUAGAUUGUGGAUCUCGAAGGCAGAAUGAUUACCCCUUUCAAUUAACAUACCCUGGAACGCGGAUAUCGACUUUGCAGGAAGUGUUCGAUUUCGUCUCAUGUACGGAUCCUGAUAGACAGAUCCUCUGGAACAUUGAGAGUAAAGUCGAUGCGCGCUUUCCGAAUCGAACGAAGAGCGUCCGUGAAUUCGUACAGAGGCAGCACAAGUUAUUUGAAAAUAGCGGGUAUAAGAACUCAAUCACAUACCAGAGCUUCGAUUGGAGAACGCUGUCGGAGAUGAAGAAACUUGACCCGACAGUGAUAACUUCUGCCCUUAUAGACGAUGAAACUGCACACAACCAUGCCAAUGCAUCCCUUCCUUCACCAUGGCUUGCCGGGCUGGACCUGCAUAGCUUUCCUGGUCCUUCAAUAGGCGAAAAGAUAUCUCAAGCAGCACAUGCUCUGGGAGCAGAUUUCCUUUCGCCAUCUGCUGAGUCAUACGUGACCCCCAAGCCUGAUCCAGCUAUGGAAGGAUACGUACCUUUUACGACACGAGAGAUGGUUAAGGAGGCACAGAGGCUGGGGCUGGAGGUGAAGGUAUGGACGGUCAAUAGGCUGAACAUCGUAGAAGAGAUCAUGGAAUGGGGCAUUGACGGCAUUAUCACCGAUCAUCCCGACGUCGUUCGGCGAUGGGCACAACAGGCAUCAAUCCCGGUUGCUCCAAAGUAUCCGAAGCAGCGCGUUCUAUCAUGUUUAGCGAAGCACUUGGCUCUUCAACGUGGCGAAUCUUGAAAAGCAAAUAUCCAUAGACUUAGAAACGCAUCGUUCUUU